AUGGCAGAUGAUCAGCAGCAAGUCGGGCAGCAGGCAUUUGACAACUCCCGCCCUAAAGAGUGGCUGCUAUGGCUCAGUAGAUUCGAACGCUUCCGGCAUGCCUCAGGCUUGGAUAAACAGUCGCAAGAGAAGCAAAUCAAUACUCUAUUGUAUGCUAUGAGGCCGGAGGCGGAGUCUAUUGUCCGGUGCAGAGAUAUAACUGAUGACCAACUCAAAGACUUUGAUACAGUCAAAAACGACUGGACACAGCAAAACGCAUAUGCCUCAGACAUGAACACAAAGAAACAGCAAUGCGUCCUUCAAGCACUGGCAGAAGUGUUACAAGAGGAAGACAUGGAAAUUGGAUUCCUUGGAUCAUUAGAUGACGGUCAGGGGCAGCCAUGGGUAACCCAUAUCAGCCUGUGUGGCCGCAGCGCAGAGUUCAAAAUCAACAUGGGGGCUGACCUGACUGUGAUUCCAGAAUGCCUAUACCAUGACCUGCACGCAGCUCCCCCACUGGAAAAGACUAAUAAAGUGCUCCAGGGAUCAAGUCGUACCCCACUGGAUGUACGGGGGAGGUUAUCAGCCACCUUAAUGACAGGGACCAAACACCUCGAUGAACUGUCACCCCGCAUCCUGCGGUUUCGAAUGAGACUCAUGCGGUUCCAUUUCUCAAUCUCACAUGUGCCUGGAAAGAGCCUGGCCAAAGCAGAUCUGCUAUCUAGAGCACCGGUGCAUGCCAUUCAGGCCCCGGAGUCCCCUGUAGAAGAGCAGCUCGUUGAGGGGUUUGUGCAUUCUGUAAUCUCCUCACUGCCUAUCACAGAAAAGCGGCUCAUGAACCUCAAACAGGCUCAACAGGCUGAUGAGUUGCUCAGACAGGUGGCUCAUUACUGUCAGGAAGAUGACUCCAUCUACCUCGUCAUGUGCGACUACUUCUCGCAGUUCAUUGAGGUUGCCAAGCUGCAGUCCACCACCUCAUCGGCAGUUGUGGAAUGCAUGAAAUCAUGGUUCGCACGCAAUGGAGUUCCACUUACAGUGGUCACAGACAAUGGACCACAGUUCUCCUCUGACACCUUUCAUCUUUUCUCAAGGGCCUGGAACUUCACUCAUGUGACCUCUAGCCCACUCUACCCACAAAGUAACAGCCCGGCAGACAGGGCCGUUCAAACUGUGAAGCAACUCUUCAAGAAAUCGUCUGACCCAUACCUGGCCUACCGCUCCACCCCCCUCGCUGGUGGAUAUAGCCCAUCCAAACUCCUCCAAAGACGGCGACUCCGCAUACCAGUGCCUGCCCACCCUUCACUCCUCCAGCCCGGCUGGCCUGAUCUCUCAGCUUUCAAGGGACAAGACCAGCAGUCAAAGCUGAAACAGAAAGCUCACUUUGAUACUCGUCACAGAGCGAAACUGCUGCCAGCACUCAGCUCAGUUGCUGGUAAACCUGUUGGGAUCCUGCAACCAAACUGGCCACAGAUAUUCAGUGGAGAGACUGUGACUCUCAGAUGUGAGAUCCAUGAAAGUGGAGACACUGCGUGGGAGUAUGAAUGGAACACCACCAGCCGAGUCAGCCCUCCAGACCAAGCUGAAUACGAAAUCAUUGCCUAUUUGGCUGACAGAGGAGACUACAGGUGUAGAGGCAAACUCAGGAAUGACAGACAUACUUCAACAGAAUGGAGCGCUGCCUUCACUUUGAAUGUAUUAUCACAAAGACCAAAGCCCACGCUGAUACCAGGACGGAGUUUCAUACCAGUAGGAGGCAGUGUGACACUGACCUGUUCUGUGUCGGGGUCUUCCGAAUGGAAAUACUUCUGGUACAGAGAUAUAAGAGACACUCCACCACUGACCGCAGAAGGCGGUCUUCCCUACUCAAAUGGAACACUCAUCAUCUCAGAGGAAGGAAGGUACUGGUGCAGAGGAGGGAGAGGAGAUCCAGUUUACUUCACACAGUACAGUGAUUUUGCCAGGAUUGGCAAAACAGCUGACAAUAUACCAAUAGUGACCCGACAGCCAAAUUGGUCUCAGAUAUUUAGUGAAGAGACUGUGAUCCUUCGAUGCGAGAUCCAUGGAGGACGAGAUACUGAGUGGGAGUAUGAAUGGAGACCACCAAACUCCAACUUCAAGCCUUCAAACCAACAUGAAUACAGGAUCAGUGAUGUUACCUCAUAUCACAAUGGAGACUACAUGUGCAGGGGCAUAAACACAAACAAUCAACACUUUUCAACAAAAUGGAGUGAUGCCUUUCAAUUGUCUGUAUCAUCAGAUACACCAAAGGCUGUACUGAGAGCUGACCACACAGUCAUACCAGUAGGGGGCAGUGUGAAACUGUCCUGUUCUGUGGAAGGGUCUUCUGGUUGGAAAUACUUCUGGUACAGAGAUAACAAAGACUCUAAACCACUGACCACAGGAGACGGUCUUCUCUACUCAUAUGGUGCAGUCAACGUCACAGAGGUUGGAAUGUACUGGUGCAGAGGAGAGAGAGGAGAUCCAGUUUACUACACACAGUACAGUGAUCCAGUCAGCAUGAACAAAACUGUUCCAGAGAGAGCUGAAGUGAUCCGCCAGCCCAGGUGGUCUCAGAUAUUCAGAGGAGAGACUGUGACUCUCAGAUGUCAGAUCAGUGGAGGAGGCACUGGAUGGGAGUAUGACUGGAGACCAGACUCCAUCCUCACACCUCCAAACCAACUUGAAUACAGGAUCAGUAACAUUACCUCAUAUCACAAUGGAGAGUACAAGUGCAGGGGCAUAAACACAAAUAAUCAACACCUUUCAACAGAAUGGAGUGACGCCUUCAAUUUGUCACAGUCAUACAAACCCAAACCUCUGCUGAGAAUGUCUCCAUCAUGGUCGAGUCCUGGAGCCUCAGUAACUCUGAACUGUACAGUUCAGCAAUCAUAUGAAGGCUGGAGGUUCUACUGGUUUAAGGCUGUUCCCAACCAAUCAGAUGGCUCCUACACAUCUCAACUCCUCUUCGGUACAAACAGCGGGACAGCAGAGAGUUCCCUCACCAUUCAUGCUCUACCACACAUGGAAGGAUUCAUGUGUAGAGCUGGAAGAGGAGACCCAGUCUACUUCACUGAGUACAGUCAAACUACAUUUCUCUGGUCUGGAGAUCGUAGUUCUUCAGCCUCUGUCACAGUAAGUUCCAAAUCAACACAGCAUUUUACCAACGAGUCUGUGUCACUGAUCUGUGAGGGGAAUUCUACUGAGUGGAGAGUGAGGAGUAACGCUGAGGAAGGACACGGGUCACAAUGUUCAUCCUGGGGGAGGUUAACGACUGGAUCCACAUGUACCAUCAAUAGGUUAGCUACAUCUGACAGUGGAGUCUACUGGUGCGAGUCUGGAUCAGGAGAAUACAGCAACACAGUUAACAUCACAGUUCACAAUAGUGAUGUAAUCCUGUUGAGCCCUGUUCAUCCUGUGAGGGAAGGAGAUUCUUUGACUCUUGUCUGCAAACACAGAACAAGUCAUUGUCUUUCAAAGGUGGAUUUCUACCGAGACAACAAACUAAUUCAUAAAGGAACCAAUGAUGAUACAGCGGGGAUGGUCAUCCCCGCUUUAUCAGUGUUGGAUGAGGGAUUCUACAAGUGUAAAUGUAAUGGAACUGAUUCACCUCAGAGUUGGAUGGCAGUAAGACUGUCCAGGCCUCAGAAACAGCAAAGUGGCUUCCACUCCUUUCUUAUGUGGUUGGCUGUUGGCCUGGUUGUUGCAGUUCUAUCGAUGACGAUGACCCUCCUGCUCUCUUCCUGCAACAAUUCCAAGGGUCCAAACUCGGACAGGCACAUCCAGACCGAAGGAACCUUUCAGAGCUUAACUACAGAACGAACAACCAACCAGAACCAGGAUCCAGAGGACGUCACAUCUUCCCUGAUUGAACUCAGAAAGGUCGACGAGACGGAGGCGGCUAGGACCGGAUCUCUGUAUUACUCCGCAGCUAAGAGCGGAUCUCUGUAUUACUCCGCAGGUAAGACCGGAUCUCUGUAUUACUCCGCAGGUAAGACCGGAUCUCUGUGUUACUCCGCAGCUAGGACCGGAUCUCUGUAUUACUCCGCAGCUAAGAGCGGAUCUCUGUAUUACUCCGCAGGUUCAGCAUUAGCUUUUAGUUUCAACACCUUACUGGUCAAUUCGGCUCCAGCCACACUGGACACAGCUUCAGACUGCUCGUAG